CGCCUCUCUCUGAAAACAAAAAAAUUUACCUCGCGAAAAUCCCUAUUUUCCCCUGACAGCCUCCCCCACCCGGCCACCCCCUUCUCUCUCUCUCUCUCUCUCUCUCUCUCUCUAGAGAAAAAAACCCUCACUUCCCUCUCUAUCUCUGGACAUUAUCGACCGGUAAAUCCAGUAAUCUCGUCGUUUUCUUCCGCCAUCGCCCACUGACCUCCUCCCCCGCCCUCCACUAUCCCCCGCGCGUGUCCGAUUCAUCCAUCUCUCUCCUCCCUCUCUGGAAACCUCCUAAAAUAAGCGAAAACUAUUUUUACUUUUUUUUUUUUGCUCCGCCGGCGGCGGUUCAGUUCCCGCCGUCACCCCGCCGUCCGAUUGCCCGCGCGAUUCCUUACCUGCGCAUCGCCUCUCUCUCUCAAUCCCGACCUAAUUCGCGUCGGUUUUUCUGUACAGAGAGGCUUUUUGGGUUUUUGAAGCUUGUAGACAAAUCUAGGGGAGUACAGGAAUUAAAUGAAUCGGUUCUCGCAUUAUUAAAUGCUUUCUAUUUGAAGCAUUUACCUUGUGAAGAGAAGUGGACGCGAGUGCAGUAGAAGUUCAAUGUGAGUGGAAGUAUGGCUUUAUUUAGGAACUACUCGAAUGAUGCAGUUUCACAGAGUGUCUCGGAUGAGAAAGUCCAAGGAAAGAACGUGGAGAGAGUACGUGGAAUUGUAGAAAAUGAGAAUGUAGAGGCUACUUCUAGUGAUAAAGAUUGUGAGAUCAAGAUGGAUAAUCGGUAUAGAAGUGAUGAUGAACUGGAUGAUGUGAGUAGGAUUCAAGAUGAUAGGGUACAAGAUGAUGCAGCGAUAGAGAAUGGUAGAAUUUCAAGCUUGCAGCCUUCUGGAAGGAGAACAGCUUUGGUGGGAAAAUGGGGUUCAACCUUUUGGAAGGACUGUCAACCUAUGCAGGCUCAUGGUGGGGGCUCGGAAUCUGGGCAGGAGUCCAAAAGUGGAUCCGAGUAUAAAAGUGAGGAAGGAUCCGAAGGAGAUUCAUCAGAUGCUGGGGAAGCUAGAGCAGGGUCAGAAGAUGAUGAUGAGUACAAGGAAACAGAGAAGGUUCAAAGGGAUCACGUUGAUGUCCCUGUAGAUGAGAUGUUGUCUGAUGAUUACUAUGAACAGGAUGGUGACGAUCAGAGUGACUCCUUGCCCUACAGACCAGUAAAUCAUUCCAGUGGUUAUAAUUCAAAGCCACAGUCAAGGUCUGCUGCAAACAACAUUGCGGCUAGGAAUUCAAGAACUGCAAAUGGUGAAGAAGAUGAUGACGAAGAUGCUGAUUCUGAUGAAGAUGUGAAUGAUGGGGAUGAUCCUGAUGAUGCUGACUUUGAUCCUGAGUAUGGUGCUAUGACAAGCCCCAAGAGAAACAAGGAUGAAGAUUGGGACGGAGAAGAAGAUUCUGAUGAAGAUGAUAAAAGUGGUGGUGAUGAUGAAGUUGAUCUGGAUAUAUCAGGUGAAGAUGAUGCUUAUAAGAAACCUAGGGGUAGGAAGCAAGGUAGGGGUGCACAUAGUGUGAAGUCGGCUAAAGAAAGUAAAUCGUUUACUUCAAGUCGACGAAAAAGAGGUAGAAUGUCAUUUGAAGAGGAAGAUUCAUCAGCAAAGGAUUCGGAGGUUGACAGCGAUGAGGAUUUCAGAAGUAUGACUAGGAGAGGUGCACAUAGCCGCAAAAGUGUUGGUGGUCGUUCUGCUUAUGCAAGUGGAAAAUACAAUGAAGUAAGAACUUCAACUCGGUCAGUGCGUAAAGUAUCAUACGUUGAAAGUGAAGAAAGUGAAGAACUUGAUGAAAGCAAGAAAAAGAAGAGCCAAAAGGAUGACAUUGAAGAGGAAGAUGGGGACUAUAUUGAAAAGGUGUUGUGGCAUCAGCCAAAGGGAACAGCUGAAGAAGCUAAGAGGAAUCAGAAGUCAACAGAACCUGUGUUGUUAAGCCAAUUGUUUGAUGCUGAACCCAAUUGGAACGAGAUGGAAUUUUUAAUAAAAUGGAAAGGCCAGUCACAUCUACACUGUCAGUGGAAAUUAUUAACCGAGCUUCAAAAUCUCAGUGGUUUCAAGAAGGUUAUCAAUUACACUAAAAAAGUGAUGGAGGAUAUUAGAUAUCGGAAGAGAGUCUCACGUGAAGAGAUUGAGGUCAAUGAUGUGAGCAAGGAAAUGGACUUGGAUAUAAUCAAGAAAAAUAGCCAGGUGGAGAGACUAAUUGCAGACAGAGUGGGUAGUGAUAGCUCAGGUGUUACGAUUCCAGAGUAUUUAGUCAAAUGGCAAGGACUGUCUUAUGCGGAAGCAACCUGGGAGAAAGAAGUUGAUAUUGCAUUUGCUCAAGAUGCUAUCAAUGAGUACAAGGAAAUGGUCUCAUUGGGACUGUUAAAUCUUUGCUUUCACUCAUGCCCUUGCAAGUUACAACAGGCGCGUGAGGCUGCGAUAACUGUACAAGGAAAAAUGGUUGAUUCCCAGCGCAAGAACAGUAAAGCAAGUCUUAGGAAGCUUGACGAGCAGCCUGAAUGGUUGAAGGGUGGAAAACUUCGAGAUUACCAGCUUGAAGGCUUGAACUUUCUCGUUAACAGUUGGAGGAAUGAUACAAAUGUCAUAUUAGCUGAUGAAAUGGGUCUUGGUAAAACCGUUCAGUCCGUUUCUAUGCUGGGUUUUUUACAGAAUGCUCAACAAAUAUAUGGGCCAUUUCUCGUUGUCGUCCCGUUAUCUACUUUGUCAAAUUGGGCUAAGGAAUUCAGGAAGUGGCUUCCUAACAUGAAUGUUAUCGUUUACGUUGGAAAUCGUGCAAGCCGAGAGGUUUGUCAGCAAUAUGAAUUUUACAGUACUAAGAAAGGUGGCAGGGGUAUAAAAUUUGAUGCUCUGUUGACUACAUAUGAAGUACUAUUAAAGGAUAAGAUGGUGUUAUCCAAAAUCAAAUGGACCUAUCUUAUGGUAGAUGAAGCUCAUAGGUUAAAGAACAGUGAGGCUUCACUGUAUACAUCACUUUUGGAAUUUAGCACCAAGAACAAGUUGCUUAUCACUGGUACUCCCUUGCAAAACAGCGUUGAAGAGCUAUGGGCUCUGCUUCACUUCCUUGAUCCUCAUAAGUUUAAGAGCAAGGACGACUUUGUUCAAAAUUACAAGAACCUUAGUUCAUUCAAUGAAAUUGAGCUGGCUAAUCUUCAUAUGGAGUUGAGGCCUCACAUCCUUCGAAGAAUUAUCAAGGAUGUGGAGAAGUCCUUGCCUCCGAAGAUAGAACGGAUUCUCCGGGUUGAGAUGUCCCCUCUUCAGAAACAGUAUUAUAAAUGGAUCUUGGAACGCAACUUCAAUGAUUUAAACAAAGGAGUUCGUGGAAAUCAGGUCUCACUUUUAAAUAUUGUGGUAGAAUUGAAGAAAUGUUGCAAUCAUCCAUUUCUAUUUGAAAGUGCAGACCAUGGUUAUGGUGGGGACACAAAUAUUACAGGUAGCAGUAAACUGGAGCGGAUAAUACUAAGCAGUGGGAAGCUAGUUAUACUUGAUAAGCUUCUUGUCAGAUUGCAUGAGACUAAUCAUCGCGUAUUAAUAUUUUCUCAGAUGGUCAGGAUGUUGGAUAUAGUGGCAGAAUAUUUGUCACUUAGAGGUUUCCAAUAUCAGAGGCUAGAUGGUAGUACCAAGGCUGAGUUACGUCAGCAGGCUAUGGAGCAUUUUAAUGCACCUGGUAGUGAUGAUUUCUGUUUCCUUCUUUCGACUCGGGCUGGUGGCCUAGGCAUCAAUCUUGCGACAGCUGACACAGUUAUCAUAUUUGAUUCAGACUGGAAUCCUCAAAAUGACUUACAGGCAAUGAGUAGAGCUCACAGGAUUGGGCAGCAAGAAGUUGUUAACAUCUACCGAUUUGUUACAAGCAAGAGCGUGGAGGAAGAUAUUUUGGAGCGUGCUAAGAAGAAGAUGGUGCUUGACCAUUUGGUGAUUCAAAAAUUGAAUGCUGAGGGUAGACUGGAGAAGAAAGAAGCCAAAAAGGGCAGUUCCUUUGACAAAAAUGAGCUAUCCGCAAUCUUGAGGUUUGGCGCGGAGGAACUAUUUAAGGAAGAAAAAAAUGAGGAAGAAAGCAAAAAGAGGCUGUUAAGUAUGGAUAUUGAUGAAAUUCUAGAACGAGCAGAAAAAGUAGAAGAAAAGGAAGCUACGGAAGAGCAAGGGAAUGAAUUGUUGAGUGCUUUUAAGGUCGCCAACUUUGGUAGUGCGGAGGAUGACGGGAGUUUUUGGAGCCGCUGGAUAAAACCAGACGCAAUAGCUCAUGCUGAGGAAGCUUUAGCCCCUCGAGCUGCGAGAAACAAUAAGAGUUAUGUAGAGGCUAACCCACCUGAGAGAAGUAAUAAAAGGAAGAAGGGAGUUGAUCCUCCAGAGAGAGGUCCAAAGCGCCGCAAGGCAGAUACUUCUGCCUAUUCAGUGCCAGCAAUUGAGGGAACUGCUGCACAAGUAAGAGGUUGGUCAUACGGUAAUUUUCCGAAGAGAGAUGCUACACGCUUCUUCAGAGCGGUUAAGAAGUUUGGAAAUCCCAGUCAAAUUGGAUUAAUAGCGGCUGAGGUUGGUGGGGUAGUUGAAGCUGCUCCCACUAACGCACAAAUUGAGCUUUUUGAAGCUUUGAUUGAUGGUUGUAGAGAAGCAGUUAAAGGAGGGAGUUAUGAUCCAAAGGGGCCUACGUUGGAUUUUUUUGGUAUCCUUAUAAAGGCUAAUGAAUUACUAAGCCGAGUUGAGGGACUUCAACUCUUAGCGAAGCGCAUAAGUCGAUACGCGGAUCCCAUUGCACAAUUCCGAGCUUUGAUGUACCUUAAGCCUGCAACUUGGUCUAAAGGUUGCGGAUGGAAUCAGAAGGAUGAUGCUAAAUUGCUUCUGGGAAUUCACUACCAUGGAUUUGGCAAUUGGGAAAAGAUAAGGUUAGAUGAAAAACUCGGUCUGACAAAGAAAAUUGCUCCCGUGGAACUUCAGCAUCAUGAAACGUUCCUACCACGGGCUCCAAACUUGAAUGAUCGGGCUUCCCAACUUCUUGAAAUGGAACUUGUGGCUGUUGGAGAAAAGAAUUCAAAUGCCAAAGCGAGCGGUAAGGUUUCCAAGAAGCAGAGGGAAAAUGUUUUAAACAUCUCAAUGCCUCGCAGCAAGGGAAAGCAAGGGAAACAAGGUUCUUCUAAACUGGAUGUCCAAACAAACAGGUUCAGACAACUGAAAGCCCAGAAAGCUGAACCUUUAAUGAAAGAGGAAGGUGAGAUGUCAGACACCGAAGAAGUUUAUGAGCAGUUCAAGGAAGUGAAAUGGAUGGAAUGGUGUGAAGAUGUCAUGGUUGAGGAAGAAAAGACCCUUAAACGUCUUCAACGGUUGCAAAGUACAAGUGCUGAUCUACCAAAGGAAAAGGUUCUUUCCAAAAUUCGAAAGUAUCUGCAACUUCUUGGGCGAAGGAUUGAUCAAAUUGUUCUUGAAUAUGAGGACGAGCCUUAUAGGCAAGAAAGGAUGACGACACGACUGUGGAACUAUGUUUCGACGUUCUCAAAUUUGUCUGGGGAGAGACUUAAUCAGAUAUAUUCCAAACUUAAAGUGGAGCGGCAAGAGGCGGGGGUGGGACCCUCUCACUUCAAUGGUUCUGCUCCCGGACCUCUUUCAAGGCCUAGAGGGUUAAAAAAUCAGACUCUUCAGCAUACAUCAGCAUUAGUUCAUAGGGGAACUGAUACAGGAAAAUCUGAAUCGUGGAAACUACAGAGGAAACCUGAAUCUGAUUCCCACUCUCAAGUUCAUCCUCCACAUCAAAGACCUAUGAGUAAUGGGACCCAUAUACCUGAUCCAAAUUCUUCAGGGAUUCUUGGGUCGGGCCCAUCCGACAGCCGGAAUUACAGCAACGAGAGACCUUAUAAGAUGCGUCAGACUGGUUUGCCCCCUAGACAAGGUUUCUCAUAAAAAGGUACCAAGUAACUCUUCAAUGAGCUUCAUGGUAAUAUGAGAGAAAACAGAGAAGUCCUAAUUGAUUUCACCCGAGGGGCCCAUUUCAGAAUAAAGCUUUGCAGAUUCCUAUUUCGGAAUUUUUUGAUGAUUCAAAGCCCUCGUCCUUCGACAAGGAAUGCAUGUCUGCAAACAGAUGGCUCGGGAGAAAUUUCCUUGGUCUUGCCGUAUGUGCAGGAGAUGACUUUGAGAGAACAAAGAUGACUUACAAACCCCAAAUAUGGAAGCUUGAUACACAGAUUUUUCGUUUCUUUUUCAUAUUAAUGUAGUUAGUUAUUUCUUUUACGUAUAUAGUGGGAUAGCCAAAGGGAUUUACUUGUUCAGGUCAAAUAGGCUGUAUGAGCAGAACAUUUUGUAUGAAAUAUGCUUUGGGAAAAUGUACAUUAUGAGCAAUUUUGCAGUUUCAAUAGCUGAAUUAUUUCUA